AUGGCGGCGCCCAAUGUAAACGUGCCUGCAGACGCACCUGAACAUUGUCCAGGUACAGAAAGUAGUGAUGCUGGUAAGGUAUCUGCAUGUGCUGGAUGUCCAAAUCAACAAAUAUGUGCAAGUGGUGAGACACAGGCACCUGAUCCAGCUAUUGAAGUAAUCAAAGGACGCAUGUCAUCAGUAAAACAUAAAAUACUAGUCUUGAGUGGUAAAGGUGGUGUCGGGAAGAGUACUUUCACAUCUCAUUUAGCCCAUGGUAUUGCACAUGAUGACACUAAGCAGGUUGCUGUGUUGGAUAUUGAUAUAUGUGGUCCUUCAAUACCAAAAAUAAUGGGUAUUGAGGGAGAACAAGUCCAUCAAAGUGGGUCAGGAUGGUCACCUGUGUAUGUUGAGGAUAAUCUGGGUGUCAUGUCAGUUGGAUUUUUAUUAGGCAGUCCUAAUGAUGCUGUUAUAUGGAGAGGACCAAAGAAAAAUGGUCUGAUUAAACAGUUUUUACGAGAUGUUGACUGGGGUGAUGUAGAUUAUCUGGUUGUAGACACACCCCCUGGAACGUCUGAUGAGCAUGAAGUUUCACUUCAGGAUGUCAGAAAAGAAAUCAGUUUUUGUCGGAAAGUAAAGCUCCCUGUCAUUGGUGUUGUGGAGAAUAUGAGUGGAUUUGUUUGUCCCAACUGCAAGACUGAAUCUCAAGUCUUUCCACCAACAACAGGUGGUGCAGAGAAGAUGUCAAUUGACAUGGAUGUACCAUUUCUAGGAAAAUUACCCUUAGAUCCACGGAUAGGUAAAUCGUGUGAUGAAGGUAAAUCGUUUUUAUCAGAGGUUCCUGAUUCACCUGCAACACAAGCUUACAAACAAAUAAUUGAAAAAAUACAAGACUUCUGUACAGGCAGUCAACUUAUGGAAACCUGACAUGGACUACUUUGUUUAAUAAACUAUUCAUCUCCAUUUUAACUUGGCACAUGUAAAAUAUAGAGGAAGCCAACAAGUUUGAGGAGAAAUCACAUUUACAUAUUUCAACACUUGUAUAAGGUGAAAUAAUAAAAACGUAAAGGGAAGCAGAGGUCUGCACAUGAAA